CGCUAUGCCAAGGCUAGCAGUGACGAGGGCUGGGAGUGGGAGGCCUUGCAACCAUACAUCCGAAAGAAUGAACGUUUCGUCGCUCCUGCGAACUAUCACGAUAUAACCGGUCAAUUCGAUCCUGCUGCCUACGGCUUCGAUGGCAUUAACCUGCCUGGAUUCCCGAGGGGUACUGACAACCUGAUCAUACAGGCGACGUCAGAGUUGCCGGACGAGUUUCCGUUCAACUUGGAUUAUAAUUCGGGAUAUCAGCUGGGUAUUGGAUGGGCGCCGAUGACUGUCGGAAACGGUACUCGGAGUUCCUUGCAAGUGUCCCAUCUUGGACCUCAGUACAUCGGGAGGCGGAAUCUGCAUGUUUUGAUCAACGCCCAUGUUACCCGAAUCCUCCGCUCGUGUAUUGAAUAUAAUCACGUACCGCCAACAUUCGGUGCCGUGAAGUUUACUCAGGAUACUAGAGGUGAAGUGGGUCUGAAGGAGAUCAUCUGCUCCGCAGGAAGCGUCGGUACCCGGCAUAUUCUCCUUAACUCUGGCAUUGGUGACCGACCGAGCUGUUAG